AGUCAAAGUCAAAACACAAACAACAGAAGCAGGGAUAAGAAGAAGAAGAAGGGUACAAUAUAAUAGCUUUAGGUCUUCUGCUAACGUCACUUUCUCCCUCAAUUAUCGUCCCUUAAAUUCUGCCACGAUUUCCGAUCCCCCCUCAAUUAUCUCCCCCAAUUCAAUUCAAUUCAAACAAAAACCUACCCAAAAAGAAAAAGUUUCAACCUUUAAUAUCCAACAUGAGCGAUUCACAUCUAGUAGAACGUUUUGGGAAAAUCUUGAUGGUCUCAAUCGUAGUAUUUUCUGUAGCUGUAAUCUUCGUAUCCUUCAUCCACCACUACGCCAAGUGGUUCUGGCGCCACCGAGAAGCCGCCACCAACACCCCCCGUCGCCGCCGCCGUGGCGACUUUACCGCCGGCUACCAGGAACAGCAGCAGUCCGGCGUCACCGUCCUCCGGCGGGGCCUUGACCCCGCGUUUCUAAAAACCAUACCCGUUAUACCCUUUGACCCAAAAGAAUUUACACAAGGGUUGGAAUGUGCAGUUUGCUUGUCAGAUGUGUGUGAAGGAGAAAAAACACGUAUAUUGCCUAAAUGUAAUCAUGGGUUUCAUGUGGAGUGUAUUGAUAUGUGGUUUUAUUCACAUUCCACGUGUCCGAUAUGUAGAAACACUGUUGCUGUUGUGGAGAAUCUGUUGGAGACUCAAGAGGAGUCAACAGAUUUUCCAACUAAUAUUUUGUUUUGGGGUGAUGAAACUGAAGUUAGCACUUUAACUUCUCAGCUGGAGGAAGCUAAUAGUAGUAGUAGUAGUUAUCAUCAACCCGCUUCAGGAGCAACACAGAUGAGACCGGAUCACUUGGUGAUUGACAUACCGUUAUCAUCAUUGAGACGGAAUGAUUGUGAUGGAGAUCAGAAAUCACCAUCGCCUGUUUCAACGUCACGGAUAACCAGGAUUUUGAGUGGCAGUAGAAGAUUUAUUAACCCGUUUAGCAGCCAUGCCGGUGGUGGUGAACAGGGAAGCAGGGGACAUUUUUGAUCUAUAUGUUGUGCCUAAACUAAACAAUCAAUCUUCAGAUUCCCUCUUUAUCUACAAGUUGUGUAUAUUGAUUGAGGAAUUGGAUUGGGUUGGAUAUAUUUUAGAUUAGCGAUCAUCCGUCAUCAUAUGUUGUUGUAUAACUGUAAUUAGUUUUCAGCAUCUCUGUUUGAGGCAGAAGCGUGUCAUCAUGUAAAUUCUUAAUUCAAAUUGAAUCCUACUCGUAUACAUAUAUAUUUAUAUCA